UAUUGUUUUCGUUUGCACGACGAGGACGAGAAGACCCGUUUCGAGCGACGAAUGCGAAUUUCAUGUGAAUUUAAUAGACGUUGCGCGAUUCCCCGAAUAGCGAAAACUCGUCGUCGCGGUUACUCGUCCUCCGGAGUAUCUAAUUGAAUUUCUGGAGUUUUCAUUUAUUCAGUUUGUAAUUGAUGAAAUAAAGUUUUGCCGGGACAAGUCGAAACAUCCAUCUGAGAGCAAGUCCGGGCGUUGCGAAUGGCAUAAUUUGCCAGGCCGGGAAAUUGGUUAAAUCGUAGGUGCGCGCACGUAAUUUGCACAAUAUCGCAGUGGUCCAGAGGUGGUGCGCUUGGCUAGUGAAAAUUCCGAGUUGCGGUUGAUUUUUUUUGUCAAACUUCUUUUGUUUUGGUUUCCUUCUCGCGGGUUUUGACUGGAGUUUCAAGUUUUCCGAUAGACAGUCGACGCAUAGGUUGCUAGCGGAGUUGGGACGUGACAGGAAGCAACAGAAGGUUGAGAAGCAAGAAACGAAGUCUUCAAUCUGUGCCUCACCGGAGUCGUUUUAUCCACACACAAUUGGCAAGAGGCGGUAGUUCAAGAUGAAGUACGGGAACGGCAAUCGGAUUCUCAGCGAGUGGGAGGACAAUGUCCUUUUCGACGCAGACGAUCCAGAUUUCAAUAAUAGCAACGCUAUACAUGGAUCGAAUGUCUUGCAGCCGCCAACAGUUACCGCAGUGCGCAGUUUGGGAACGUUCAUCAAUAAAGUACCAUCAGCCAUGUCUCUUGCAAGCGUUCAAGGACCACAUCUAUCCGAUCUUUAUACACCAUUAGGCAGAAGCAGCAUAAGCGUUUCAUCUUCUUUGUCCGAUCUGGUUGGUAGCCCGUUGGAGGUGUCGAUGGAUAACGUGCUGACUAUUGAGGAGCUCCGUGCUCAGUUGGGUUCUUGCUUUACAUGUGGAGUGUCUUGGACCGAUGACCAUGUAUCGCUUGAUUGCUCAGAAUGCGGCGGUUACAGUAUGGAACGACCUUGCCCGCUAUGUGACGGUAAAUGCGGUGUCCAGUGGAAACGAGAUUUCACUAUGUCUCAUGCUUGCGGUAAGGCACGUUGGCAAGGUGUCUGCCCCAGCUUUCCCGACGCCGUACAUAUUCAUCCAUCGGAAGCCGCCAAUCCUAUGACUGUCCCGCCCGCAUCUUGUGCUGCCGCGAGCCAAUUCCUCGCCCAAGAAUUAUGCGCGAGGCUGGAGCAGUUAUCAGCCAGUGCUCAAACGUGAUUUGAAAGCAUCAUCAUAACCCAUAAAAGCAUUUUGGGCAAUGCAAAGACUGCAUCAGCUCAACAUACUUUACAUAUGCUUUACAGCAUUUAUAAUUCUUGUCUGAGAUAUUUAUAAAAAGAAAAUGAAAGAAGAAAUAUUUACAUAAGUUAACUAGAAGAAACCAAACGCAGUUGCUUAAAUUUGAAGUGAAGGAAAAAAUAAUUCAGAAAAAAAAACAAAAAAAAAGAAAACACAUUCAUGGCUUACAUAUUGUGAAGUGAUCAUAUAAAUUAUGGCCCUAGUUUCUAAAGUAAUAUGCAUGUGACUUCCAUUUUCCACUGUACAUUUGUUCGCUAUCAUUUCAUCAUUCUUCCUGUCAUUUCCCUAGCCGCAACGUUCCUAGCCGAUUACAAUCCAAUCAAUAUCCAAACAAUAAAAAUUCACUUAAAACACAAAAAAAAGGACGAGGAGCUUCUCCCUGCAAAAAUUCCAGUUGUAUAAUUUCUUACCACAAUUAGCCAAAAAAAUCGUCGAAAUUGCAUUCUGCAUAUCUGUUAGCCUUUAUUGAAAACAAAA